AUGUACCGCAGCCGAAUCAACCAUUUGUUACGAGCCUACCCCUCACUUAACCUGAGAAUUGAAGUUCACAAGGAUCAACAUAAAGCUUUGGCGUUGUUACCUGGGCUUCGAUAUGAUGACAUCAACUAUACAGGUCAGCCAGAUCUUCAUAGGCUAAUGAACAUUAUAGAUAGAGUGGAACAUGCAGCUCUUUAUGACCACACAUUGUCAUUUCUGGACUAUCAUAACUUAAGUAAACGUGGAAUUGGCAGCUACAACAAGGGCAUAGUUAUGGAGAUACGCAGACAUUUUUACGAAAUAACUACUCCAAAGUCACCUAUUCAGAUAUCCCUAAAGUUAACAGGCAUGAUGGGCACAAUGUUUACCGUUUGCAGCAGUGCAACAUUUGGCGGUCGUCAGCGAGCAUCGAUUAUGUUGAAAUCUUGCAACUCGCUAGUUCACAGAGAAUCUGGGUUAUCUGAACACAUUCCAGAAUGGUGGGCACUCAAGUUUCUUCGGCUGUUACCUGAAGUGCCAGAUAAUUACCGGCCAGUGCAACCACCAGAUUCGGUAGGAAAAACAUUCUCUUACCAUGUUGUUGUUACACUGAGAGACACUGACACAAAUGGUAAAACACAGCAUGCAUCGUAUAUCAGAUUUUUCAUAGAUAACGUCAGCAUUGCAGCCAGCCAAAAUUUCUACUCAAACUUGACCAAAAUUCACGACUAUUAUACCAUGAGAAUCUCAGCCAUACAUUUUUCUCCCAGUGUUUGGGGUGACUCCCUGGCCAUUGAAACUUUCCAAGACCCCACUGAUGAGUUGAAAAUUCACUGUUUUAUCAACAAGGAGGGUGUGAUUAAGUGGUAUGGCUGUUUGGAAUACUAUGAAGUGAUGUCUGAGCCAGAACUAGAGCCUCCAGCAUUCAUGCGCAAAUAUCCAUCAUCUUCUGAACAGUAA